AUGAUAUGGAGCAGUCAGAACGUAUCAAGUCAACCAUGGGAAGUAUUCGUCAUAAAUCCACUGAGACCAAGCAAAAAAAUUCGAGCUUUAAUUCUGUUGGACACGGGAAGCCAACAAUCAUAUAUUUCAGAAACAUUACGAGAAAAGUUGCAGCUUGUAGCAAGAGAACAACAAACAAUUACUGUAUCAAGCAUCAAAAAUUCCCCAGAAGUACCAUACCUCGAUAGUGGAAGCAAAAAGAACGUGAGAAAGGACUCUGGCGGAUAUGACUCACGGUUAGGUAAAAUAUUUGUUGGGAAAACUUGUAAUCAGAGGUUACAAGGCCAACAAGAAACAUGUCGUAGCUUAUUAACCUUCACGGUGCUGAUAGAACAAGAUCUGUCGCAGUUCUGGGCUCUAGAAACUAUUGGAAUCGCAGACCCAAUUGACUUGAUUGAUGAUGAAGAAGCAUAUGAAUUUGAAAAAUCAGUCAGAAGAAAUGACGAAGGAAGAUAUGCCAUAUCAUGGCCUUGGAAAAGUCCUGAUCCCAAAAUCGAGUUUGGAGAUGAUAAGAUAAUCGAACCGGCUCCUUCAGAAACACCGUAUCUUAAAUAUUAUAUUCCACAUCUUCCGGUUAUCUUUCCUGAUAAAUGCACAAAAUUAAGAAUAGUGUUUGAUGCAUCAGCGGCCAGUAGGAAAGGUUAUUCGUUAAACGAUCAAUUGUAUAAAGGCCCUACACCUGGCUGGAAUUGUUUUAAGGCUGCGAUUGGGAAAAUUUAUUCUAAUGGAUAUAGAGAAGGCUUUCCUUCAAGUGGCAGUGAAUGA